AUGGAUCUACGGACAGAUUCAUCAGAUUAUAGAGUAGAGCUUCUCUCUCCAAACCCAGAUGGACAGACCCUUGGCACGUCUGAUGAGCCAUCAUGGCGUCUCAAUUUCGAUGGUUUUCAGCUCCCCAAGAGGCCCAAAGACCCUCAUUUCAUUUUGAGAACUUUUGGAAGAAAAGGAAAGGUUGCACGGUAUUACAAGAGGCAGGAGAAGCUUCUAGAAGGAUUCGGUGAAAUGGAAACCAUUACUGAGUUGGGUGGUUUUCCUGGAGCUCUUACUGAGGAUGACAAGAAGAACCUUGCAAAGAGUGAAACAACGGCGAUUAGGGUGUCUAAUGCAGCUAAUCUAGUCCUUUUUGUGGCUAAAGUCUAUGCUUCUAUGGAGAGCAGAUCUCUGGCUGUGAUCGCAUCUACGCUGGACUCUCUAUUGGAUCUUUUAUCAGGUUUUAUUCUAUGGUUUACUUCAUAUGCCAUGCAAAAGCCGAACCAGUAUCGGUAUCCGGUUGGGAAGAAGCGAAUGCAGCCAGUGGGCAUCAUUGUUUUUGCUUCAAUAAUGGCAACUCUUGGAUUCCAAAUACUGCUCGAAUCUGUUCGAGAAAUCAUUUCAACGACUCGCCCUUCAAUGGAUCCUGUGAAAGAAAAAUGGACGAUCGGGAUCAUGGUUUCGGUCACAAUAAUAAAAUUUGCACUCAUGAUUUAUUGUCGACGGUUUGAAAACGAGAUCGUAAGAGCCUACGCUUUGGAUCAUUUCUUCGAUGUCAUCACAAAUUCAACGGGUCUGGCCAUGACGGUCCUCGCAAUCAGAUACUAUUGGUGGAUGGAUCCUUCUGGGGCCAUACUGAUAGCUCUAUACACAAUGGGCACAUGGGCUAGGACCAUCGUCGAGAACGUAUGGUCACUGAUCGGGAGAUCAGCACCACCGGAUUACUUGACCAAGAUGACAUACCUCAUUUGGAACCACCAUGAACGGAUCGAGCACAUCACCACUGUUAGAGCAUAUGCUUUCGGUUUGCAGUACUUCGUAGAGGUGGACAUAGUCUUACCUGGGGACAUGCCGCUGAGUGAGGCACAUAAUAUCGGCGAGACCCUCCAGGAGAAGAUCGAGCAACUUCCCGAAGUUGAGCGGGCCUUUGUACACGUUGAUUUUGAAUCUAGUCACAACCCAGAACACAAACAGAAGGCUUGAUGGCAUCAGAGAUGACCAUGAAUGAUGGAAACAUGGAAAUAGUAGGUGAUUUUAUUUUAUUUUUGAUAUGUGCGCAUGCUUUUAUUUUUAAUGUUGUUUUUCUUUUUUGGACGGUAGAGAUGAGUCUUUAUCAUUAUGGAUUAAUUUUCUACAAUAACUUAAUAAUCUGUACUUAGAAUUUGAAGUUUAUUUUUCAUUGCAUGGAGAAACCAUAGCUUUAAAAAUCCACUUGACUCGGCUCAAUCGAGUCGACUUGAAUCGACUCACCUGAGUCGACACAAUUCGAUCAGAUUUUACUAGAAAACUCGAUUUGCUUAAGAGCC